AGGAAGGAAGACUGGAUUGAAGAAGAGUGUAAUCGUGUGGAGGCGGAGCUGGCUGCCUUGGAAGCAAGAAGGGAAAUUAGAGAACUGAAGCAGGUUCUUGAAAGCAUGAAAAACAGCUUGGCUGAGAAAGCAUUUCAGAAGUACUUCCUAGACAUAAGCAUUGAAAACAAGAAAUUGGGGUCUUUGCUGUGGAGCAUGGAGAUGGCUCGGAAAAGCUCUAUGAGAGGUGACCAGUGCCUGGAGUACACGUGUGACUUGGAGGGCAAGCUAUUAGCGUUGCAUGCCACGAUGCCAGACACAGAGGACCAGGCUCUGGAGGAGGUGGCAGAUGGUGGGCUGCUGCUUAAUGAGGACACAGCUAAUGGGCCCGAUUCAUCUGAAGAGAGUUUGACCACCACAGCCUCCGAGAAAAUCAGCAAUGUGAGGGUGGAACAGGCCAUGCAGACUGAUGUGGUGCCGUUCAGCCCAGGUGUGGAGCAGCUUGUUCAGAACAUCUUCAGAGCUCAAGGUGCCUGUCCUCUAAGCCUGCCUUCUUCACUGAAGGAAUUGGCUGAAUUUUCUCCUGGAAGUGUCGGUGAUUCUGGGAUCACAGUGGACUUAACUUCAAGUGAUCCAAACUCUGCCGUCCUUUUGUCUCUUGGGGAGUCUCUGUACAGGAACGUGGAGCACUGUUUUAAAGAAAACCAUUUCAUGAAAGAACUUGAUUUUGCAGAACCUCAAAAUGAUGAAGCCUUUGGGGAUGUCAGUACUUUCUCUGAGAAAGGAACAAAGAGGAGAUACUGGAGCAGCAAUGUCCUCGGAGGUUGUCCAUGA